AGAGUCAUUUGCUUUACGUCCCGUAUUCUUGUCUCUCGGUGGUUGUCUGUGUUGCUGUCGGUUAUCGAAAGAGAGAGAAAAGACGAUUCAAUCCUUUCUUUCCCCUUCUUCCUCUAACAGCUGAUAUAAAUACAAACACACGCAAACGCAUACACACUCGCACGGGUGGUCGAUAUCUUUCUUGAAUAGCGGAGGGGGAGAGAAACACAGAGAAGUACGCGUCCGCCGCAUGUGAAUACUUCGUUACAUCGGUGUGGCCUUUUUUUUUGGUUGUCUUUGCGCCUCCUAAGUAUCUCUCUCUCUCUCUCCUUUAUUUCUGCAGCUAUUGUGGUUUUAAUCAUCAUUAUUUUUAUUUGCCUUUAUUCUCAUCCUCGACCACCCCUGUGUCGCGCACUCCCGCGCCAUCCUCGCUGCUCCGUGCAUCCAGUCGACUCUCGUACUAUUAGUAUUAUUUGUUUUCUUCAUCUGCGUGUUCUUUUUUUUGUUCAACUGCAGGCGAUCAUGGCAGAGGAGGCGGAGUACGACUUCACCUCGUUCGGUCCGCAGACGGACCUCUACCGCAGCAAGGGCAGCAACGCCUCAAGCGUGGCCUCUUCCUACUUCACCCAACCGAUGUACUUUGGCGCGGCGCAGCUGAGCGACCUCCCGCGCACGUCCCCCAACGACACCUCCGCCAACGCUAAAAAAACGGGCAACUCGAAGCCGUCAAAUGAGCCGCCUCUUGCUCGCAACGGCGUGUCGACGACGGCGCCGUCCGCCGUUCCAACAGCCACCGCCACAACAGCAAAGGCAGCCCCAGCAUCGUCAUUUGCCCACUCCCGGUCCGCGUCAGCGGUGUCCACGAACGACGUAGACGUAGAUGACAGCAUCGCCCAACUGGGCCGCAACUUCUUAGCUAACAAAACGCACUCGUACUACUCCGUCCCCUCGCCGGUGCUCUCAGCACAGUCGUUGCGGCGACCGCUGGCCACUUCAGGGCCGGGUGAGAGUGCGAAGCCCGCCAGUUCCAUCGCCUCGGGAGCGAACUUGUUUAUGAUGCCCGCCAUUCACUCCCCAACGCGCGACGCUCCACUGAACCGCGAUUUCCCUCCAGCGGAACAGCAGCCACACCUUGAUCGGGCGGCCGCCGCUGCAGAGCCCAGCCCGCCGCUCCCAGGCUUGCCUUCCCGCUACUCCGUCUCCCACCAACACUACGGCAGCGCUCCGGCCAAGGUCUUGCAUCUGCAUCUAGCGCAGCCGGACGACGGCACCAGCGUGGAGCACGCAACGCCGCCCACCAGAGACGCGACGCACGACGCACCAACUCUGCCAGCCAGGUCCACCGCUGCAGCGAAUCAAUUAAGUGGCCCGAGGAAGCCCACCGAUGCAGCGGCCGCCACGCGGCCCAGUCGUCCACGCAUGAACGAGUCCAGCGGCAGCGGCGGCACCGCAGCCCACAGACGGGAGGACACGGCGAUAAAGGCGCCUGCUCGCACCACCACCACCGCCGGCGGCAGCGGCGACUCAAUGACCAAAGCCCGUUUCCACGACCUCGCGAGCGUCACGUCCCCCAGUGGGGCGUUGCUGAAAGGCGAGGACGUAACGCCGGCUCCCCCGGUGAUGCGUAGGGCAACCAUACGAUGGGACGACGAGUCAGACGGCGAGAGCUCGCCGUCCGCGCUGGCCGGCGUGAGCAAAGCGGCCGAAGACCCCCACGAGGGAGAGGAAGAGCACCACGUGCAGAUCGUUAUUGUGAAGGCAAACACGGAGGGGGAGCUGGCGGCGGUGCGGCCACCACCGUUGGAUGCCCGCAGCACCUACGCGAACACCCCGGUGCUGCCUCCGCUGGUGCCGCCGCCCUUCCCACACUCCUUGGAGUCGAGCCGGUCUGCGUGGCUCGCAUCGCUCAGCAACAACUCGCACGCCGACCCACGCGACAACUUCAUGGCGGAUGAAGUGUUGGACGUGAAUUACGCCUCUGGUGGCGCCGUGCACAACUCGCUCAUUGCUGAUGCGUUGCGCAUCCACUUCCUGAGCGGGCACAGUGCCACGCUGAUCAUUGCAAAUACACCGCAGUGCACCGCGCUCGCCGAGGACGCCGUCUCGACGAUGGUUCAAACCGUCUACCAGCAGUCGGAGUUGAUGGGCAGCGACUUCCGCAACGAGCUAUCGAUCUGCGCCCACGCCCUCGACCUCGAUGGCGGGUUGUACGACCUGCUGCCGACCACGGCGGACCCGCAGGAGAAGUCAGAGGUCCGACUUGGGACCAACCCAGUCAUGGGCACCCGCAUCGUGAACACCGCACCGGUCAACAUGUGGUCCAUGGACGAAGCCACCUUCCUGAGCCGGGCGCUGAUCCAAAACGCACGCCACCUGCGCGCCGACCCCUACACGGACCCCAACGCGCUGCUGCACGUUACGGUGCUGCUACGGCAGACCCGUGCCCCCCGUCAACCAGAGGACGACCUCGAAGCGCACGCGGAGAUGAGCGCCUUUGGCAUGCACGUCUACCUUUCCUCCUUGCAUCUUCUGUGGGUGGGACACAACUUUGCUGUCGCGCACCACCUCUUGCACGAUAAGCCCGCUGCGUUGUGGCCGCUGUACCGCCAGGCCUUCGGCGGUGGCCCCUGCUGCACCGCUGUCAUGUCCUUCGUGGACUGCAACGAUGAUCUGACCUACUCCAAGAGCACGCUUGAGUUCUCGCAGUACAUGCGCGGGUUCGUGAAUCGCCCGCCACGCAGCGGCAGUGUCCAGAAGUUUCUCAGCUCAACGGCGCAGGUGGCAAGCGAGGAGCUGGAUCGAAAUAUACUCUCAUUGGAACGGAUGCGCCGAGACGCGAUGGCGCUGCUGCAGGAGCCGGCGGCGGAGCCGUGCCUCUACGCAGUCGCCCUCUGCAACGGGUUGAAUCAGCAGCCGCACGUUGGUGCGUAUCGGGUGGUGUUGAUCCCUUCCAAUGCACCGACCCCGAAGAAGCAAGACGGCGGCAGCAGCAGCAGCAGCAGCGAGAACAACAUCGGCAACGGCAACAGCGGCGUAGCCCAUCGUCGUCGAUCCACCGUGUCGCCGCAGGAGUGGGUCCAGUCCACCUCCUCCUCCGGUUUCAAUGGAACCGAAGUACAGAUCCAAAUGCCGUCCUUCCUGAAGCGGCGAGAGAGGUCCGUCGACAAAGGAACGCCUUUGUCCCUCGCACCGCUGCCGGAGGUCUCGCAGACGCAGCUUCCCGCCGUGCAGCCAGCCGCGCACGCUGCCCGUACGUCCUCCCCACCGCCCUCUUCGGUGCGUCCGCCCGACUCGUCUACCCUCAACACGCACUCACGUGACACCCGUGUGCGCAGUGACCGUCUGCGCGAUCAGACCUUGUCCCUCGACCCAGCCAGCUCUACCGACCUGCAGACGCCGCAGCACCAACAACACCAGUCGCCCUCCAUCAGCCGCACGAGUCACCACAAUGAGGAGCCCGUCAGCAGCACCUCCAGCUACGGCGAGUACAUCAAGACGAACGUGCUCGUUGUCCCUGGUGAGCUGGGGUCGCACGGCCACGCCGUGUCAUCGUCUUCGUCGCUGUCUCCGCGUCUGCCCUUAGCCAUCGUGGAUCCGCAUACGUUGGUGCUCACCGCUCCAACAGCGCGUCGCAGCAGCAACAACACCGGCGAGGCACGGCACUUCGUGGUGGAUGAGGUGCGCGAGGCGCAGUACGACCCCAGAACGAACUCCUACCAGCUCCUGCACAACUUCGAGGACCUGCGGGGUGUCCACCGCGCCUUCGCGGAAGAGGAAGUGAAUGUGGCUCUUCUGUGCACGCACUGCAGCGCUGCGGUGCGGCCCUUCCAGCAGCUCCCGUUAUGGGAAGUCGUAGAGGCCAUCAUGGCCAGCGUCGCGAACACGCAGAUGCAGCUGCCGUCACCGUCGCAGUUUACCGUCUUCGGCUCCGUCCUGAAGGGCGAGAUGAUUGUGCGCGACCUGGCGGAGGUUGGAUCGCAGGCGGCCGAUCGGCCGGUGGACGGGCAGGAGGCCCUCGUCGGCGCAUCGCCGCUCUUCGGGGCUAUACUCUACCAAACCCGCGGGGUCGACCUCUUCGACGUGGCGGAGGUGCAGCCCGUGCUGCGCUCCAUGCUGGCGUACGCCGACGCCGAAGCGGGUGCGGACCCGGAUGUGUACUUGGUCUUGACAGCGGUGCGGAAAACAACGUGCAAGCUGACGCCCGCCGAGGCACCCGACAACCGACCGGAGUUCACGUGGGACGCGGGCUUCUCCUCUUGCACAGUCGUCGUCACGCGCAACUCGAUGGACCUCUUCACGAAGGCGGUGGCGGAGGUGAACGGUGCGGUGGGGCUCAACGAAGCCGUCUACCCGUUUGGGCUUCUCAGCGAGGUCAUCGGCGGCUCCUGCAAGUCGGUGCAUCUCCUCACCGUAGAGACGUCCAACACCGCACCUGCCUUAGCGACGAGCAUGCUGGAGGCGCAGCACAUGCUGGGUCGGGUGCAGAACGAAGCCCUGCGCAGCAGUCGCAUCAGCGUGUACGUGACGGCCUGUUUGACGGCCUCUCGAGCCAUUCACGCGGUGCUGGACAACUUGAAGGAGCACGCCGUCGCCGGGGUAGACGAAGCACCGCGCGACAUCACCCCGGAAGACGAAUCGACGGCGCUGGCCUGUGCGGAAAAGCUGGAGGCCUUUGCGGAGCAGCACCUGGAGUACCUGCACAACGCCGAUGUUCGCGGCUUCGUGAUCUACCCCACGCGCACCGUCGAAGACAUGCAGUCGCUCUUCUUCACCUCCGCCCGCUACAGCGCCAAUUCGAGCGGGUGUCUGCCGCAGCUGCAAGCGACGUACUCGAGCGCUGUCAUCACCAGCUCCAACCAACACAAAACGAGUAUCUUGUCGAGCCAUCCACCACCGCCACCACCGCAGCAGUCACAACAGCCACCGCCGCAGCAGGGGGCGGCGACGGCGGACAGCGCGACGGCUUCCGCGAAGAACACGACGAACAGAGGAGCCGGGGCGGUCUCCGUGCCACAGUCCGUCUCCGCCGUGGCCCUCGGCCGGGACAGUGGCAUCGUCGCGCAUACGCUGCUGCUGCUGCUGCACAGCAAUUCUGACAAGAACGAGACCGAUAAGAGUAAGAAGCAGCCGCAGCAGCUGCGCCGUACGUGUCAUUUGUCGACGUCGCCGACAAAUGAGGUGACGGUGAACUACGGUAGCACCGAGUCCGUGUACGCCUUUGAUGGCAUCGUGAGCCUGGCACUCGCUGACACAGCCGCGCGUGUGUCGCCUACCAGCAACUACGCCGCCCUGCGCGGCUCUUCGCAGUUGCAGGACGCAGUGGCCGGGUGUCUGGCGGGCUACAACGCGGCGAUGAUCUUCCAGGAGACGACGCACGCACAAGCGAAGGGCGUGUGCGAGAGCGUCUGUCAGCACGUCUGUCGCAGCGCCGUCGCCAGCUGCCCGCGCGAGGCCUCCUUCUUCCUGUCCGUCGGGUAUCUGGACGAGCACAGCGCGGUGGAUCUGCUGAGCACGAGCGCCAUCCAUGCUGCGGUGCACAACCCCAGCGUGGAAGGUCGCAGUGCGCCACUCUUGGGCAAGUCACCGCUCAUCGGUGUUUUUCUGGCCAACGCGGAGCCAACGCCGGUGCGCACGUCGCGUGAAAUGUCCGAGUCUCUGACGGCGGCCUUCCGCGGCGAUGACGCCAUCACGGCGGCCGGGGCCCCGCCCCACUUUCUGGUAAUUUCGUUGUGGCAAAAGCUCUACGUGAGCGCCGAGCACGACGUCUCCCUCUCCUCGAUGUUGGUCAUUCUCACCCGUGGCGGGCCGAAGGUGCUGCAAACGUCGCUGGCCGGCGUCGCGAAGGGCGCCAUCGCACAGCUGCUGCUCUACGCGCUGCGCGGGCCGUGUUACACGAUCUGCGGGUGCGGCAUCACCGACGCGGAGCCGCAGGCUGCCACCUCGCAGAACCCGUCCGACGCGGACUUCGAACCUGCGAUGGACUUCUAUCAGAAUAACCGGAACGCGUACACCGGGAAGGCGCUGCGCUACAACUCCGUGAACGACGCCCUCAAGAGCCAUCGCAGAGAGCUGGCCCGGGUGCUGGAGAAGGCGGACGCGGACCGGCAGAAGGCGCAGAAGGCCGGCGGCGUGGAGAAGCUGAGUGCGCAGGACAAGAAAGACCGCGUCGCGACGGAGUCUGCGAUACGGCAACUGCAGCGCAUGAUCGCUGACGAAGUGGAACUACUCAACGAGCGCAUGGAUGCGCUGCACCACGCUCCGCCCUUCUACACCACGAGCGUCAUACAUUGA